GGACUAGAAAAAGAUGAAGAUUAUAAAACAGAAGACCAGAUCAGCGGCUGCUAUAAAAUCCUCAGUGGUACCUCACCAUCUCAUCCUAUUCUGAUUGAACACUUCUGUUUAAUGACACCCGGAAAUGAGUGGGAUAUGGAGAUAAAAUGUCGCCCCAUAUCGUAUGGAGCCCAAGGUGUUUCCAAUCAGAGAAGCAACUGGAGAAGCCUGAUGGUGGUCUACCCCGAAGCUGGAGUGCAAUUAAAACACAAUGACAUUGAAGUCACUCUGCCAUCCCUGCAGGAGGACGAAGAGAUCACUGCGUUCGGAAGACCAGGAAAAGAUGACAAGAAAAGAAUGCAAAUGGCGAUCUUUGCUAAACAACCAAAACAAGGAAGAGACUGGCAGAUUUGGGUUUAUCUUGUAGAUGAUACAAGUCCAGCCUGUGAGGUAUAGGGUGCUAUUAUGUUUGUUUAUUUUGUUUUGUUUGUUUGUUUGUUUGUUUGUUUAAAAUGUUACCACCAUUAUUUCUUUACUAUAAUUUUAUUUAUUUUUAUUAUUUUUACUUUAAUUUUAUUAUUUUAUUAUUAUUAUUAAUGUUAUUAUUAUUAUUAUUAUUAUUAUUAUUAUUAUUAAUUAUUAUUAUUAUUUGUAUCAUGAGUUUAUUGCCUUAGCCAGCCAGCCAUUGAUCACCCCCACCCCCGCUCUAGAUAUUAGCCUCUCUUCAGGAAAGCAAAGACGCUAGAGAGCAUUAUUACCACCAACCCUUGAAAUGCAAAACGAUAAUGUCCAAUUAAAAGCACAAUUUCUUAAUUUAAGUUGUUUCCACACACUGAUACGAAAACUGAUUUCUACAUGUUAUUUCUCUUUCUCGUGUAAACAGAAAAUGUUUGAGGAUGAAGACGACAGAGGAAACAGACUACUGACACCACUUGCUGGGAUAUUUGUGUCUAAAAGCAAUAAAGACAUCACAAUUGAACUCAGUAACCUGGAGCCUGGAUUGAAAAUCAGAGGAAGCAAUGUAAAGGUGCGAAUAGUGAACUUGGUUGUUAACAGUUUGGCCUCCUUAAUGAUAUAGUAUUGAUUAAAAUCCACCUGGCGUUUUAUCCGUGACAGAUUUGGAUAAGUUGGUAGGGCUGUCAGAGUCUCUAGAGCGAGAGAAUUCGGGCCCGAUUCUCAAGACAAUACCACUACUUAGGGUUUCUUUGUUGUUGAUGUUGUUGUUUGUUUGUCGAAAUAGGAUGCUGCCCUUUCCAAGGCGAGGGUUCCGUGUACUUUGGAUGUCACAUACAAAAAAAGCGAAAAACCCAGUGCCCUAAGUUACAUGUAGCUGUUUGGUGAUGAUAUGGAUCAACACUUAAUCAAAGCGAGAAUUUCAUCAGUGAAAAUAAUCGGCCCUGCCUCUCGAGGCUAUGGAGGUCUGAGUUCUAAAGUAAUGAAAACUGGGCUUGGCUUUGACCGCUACCUAUUCCUCAUGUUGCUUAUAUUUUAGUGAUUAAUCAAUAAUUAAAAAACAAAAGAUUAACUUAGCUUGAUCACUUGAAUUGCUUUGAUUUUGGUUUUGUUUUUAAUGAUUUGCAUUUUAAUUUUCUCUUUAGACAAUCAAAUCAACUCACGCAUGGAAUUCGUCAGGAAACUCUGUAGAUUUUCCACGUUGCUAUUUCGAAAUAAGUCACGUUAAUAGUACCAAGCAUUCAUUCUUCUGUGGAAUAGAAGCUUCUCACGAAGGAGACAGUGCACAAGCAGAAGUUGUGGCGUAUUUUGAACGAGUAAGUGUUGACAGAAAAAAAUACUGCUGUAUCACAUAAUUAAUCUCUCUUAAUUUAUGAUCAUAUUUUUUUCAUAUUUAUUUUUUAGCAAAGUGGUCAGAAAAUCGUCCAACCCUCUAACAAUUCUCGCAAACUGAGUAAUACGUGCAACUUUGUUUCAAAAGGUAAGCUUCGAUUAGACCGUAUGAAAAAAAAAAAAUGUAUCGUCACUUUGAAGUACGAUGCAAUUCAGAGACCAGUAGCAAAACUUAGGCCUCUGCUUAAUGCAUAGCUCGUUUACCCUGCAUAAUGAAUUUCUUUCUUUCUUUCUUUCUUUCUUUCUUGUUUUUCUUACAGAAACUAACACCAGGUUUCCAUUGCAUGAAGUUUUCACUCUGCUUUGUGCACUUUUUGCUUCGGGCUUCAAUACCACACACGUUACAGGUAAGCUUGCUUUAUAAAUUUCAGUAUAAGUUUCGUUUGCUGACGUUGUUUGCAUGUUUUUGGAAAGAUAAUGACAGUAGUGUAAGUAAACUUUUCAAAAACUUGAAAAUCGUUGACAUACGUAAAGUAAAUAAGCAUCAAAUCUAGUAUAUAACUGCAAAUAGGUUUCCUUUCAUUUUACUUACAGCAAGCAGAAUAAUCUAACAAUAUUUGUUUUAAAUCUUAACAGGAUCAAAUUCAACUUAUCAGCAAUUUACGACAAAGAAAAAUUUACAAGAUCUUACCAAUUCCAAGCCGCCUGACAACUUCCCUUCCACUGGAAUGCCUCGUUCCGGGGCGCUGGUAAAGCGCAGGAAAGCAGGAUUUGCCAGCUGUGUUUCAACUGUCCAACAAGACCACGCGCACUGUGCAACUGCAAGAAAGCCGACCGCCUCGGAACGAGCAAAUACAAUACAAAUAUUCCAAAAACAACGUUCACAAGAAGUCUACUAG